UGAGCGCAUCAAAGUAUCUUUGGUCUUCAAACGGUAGAGUGAUUUGAUGAAUGCAUUGUUUUCACAAAAUCGGGUGUUUUUUAUCUUUAUACCUGGAGCGUUAUUUUCGUAUUACAGUUUUGUCGUAAACGUAAACAGUUGACCGUUAUACAUCCAACACAAUGAGCGAGCUGAGCCAGGAAGAGAUUCGGAAGAGGCGACUAGCAAGAUUGGCGGUACUUGACACGAAGGCCUCUUCAUCGUCUUCACCACCACAAGCAGCUCAGCUAGCACCGCCCUCACCAAGCAAAGCAGUGCCGUCCACCCCUCCAACACCAGGCCCAUCACAGAGUACAAGUGAACAAGUUGCAGGUGUGAACCAAGGAGCUUCAUGUUCAUCACCAUCAAAAUCUGGUAGUGCAGAACCAAAGACACCACCAGUUCUAACUACACAGAAAAGUGAUUCUCAGAGCACUGACACAUCUUCCCAGAUGGAGGUUGACGAAAUGCUACCAUGUGAAAAAAGUGCUUCUACUUCACAGAUGGAUGUAGACUCUGGCAUUGAGAACAUGGAGGUAGAAGAUUCACGUGAAGGCACAGGCCUGAGGCACCGGACAUCUAGCUCCUGUAAUGACAUAACAGAGGAUCAAGUUCAUGCUACGGUGUCAAGAGUACUGUGUGUAUCAUGGAAGGAGAAGACUGACAAGGCCAUUUAUCUUCCUGAAACAGCAGCUGCCAUUGAAGAGGUUGACAAUAUCAAUGUCCAGGACUUAGUAAACCAGUGCAUAAUGGAAGUGUUAGUGAUAGUGUGCCAGCGUGGUGAGGAUCCAGAAAGUGAAGUGUCAGGACUAUCAACAACAGAAGGAGACCGUGAUGGUGACUUGGCAAGUCCUGCUCCUCACACAGCAUCCAGCAGUGACAGCCCAUAUCCUCCUUCCUCACCAUUACAACAGCAGGAACGUUCAUCACCAGCUCUUCCACUGACUGAUCCCCAGGAACGUGCCCUACGUUAUCUCACCAAUUGCUACACAAGAGUAGCCACAGAGGAAAGGAAUCAUCCAAAGAGAUGCAGUUCACCACCAUUGAGUGAAGUUCUGUCAGAUCUACGAGCACAACUUGUGCAGUUUGCUGCAUUGGUCUUGCAGGGCUCUUUAGACAACUGGCCUGAGGAGAGGCCCACAAGUGCCACCUCUGGGUCAGUGGGAGGUCUGGGAGUGUCAGAAUCCCUUCUUUUGUCACCUAUUCUUUCACAGACACUGCCUCGAGGAUUCCUGCCCGAACUUGUAUCCCGAACUUAUACAUCACCAGGCCCAGGAGAUGCCUUCUCAAAGAUAUUUGGAUCCAUUCUUCAAGGGCUUUUCAUAACAAUGAAAGCCUCUUCAAUAGUUGGAAAUGGGCACAGGCAACCAAUCCAGGCCUUGAGUGAUUUAUUGGAAAUAAGAUGUGGUCCAUCUGGAAAUGUGCGCCCAAUUUGCAGAUUACUCACACAACAGGUUCAGUUCCUGCCUGACUUGGUUACUCCAGCUGUUGGAAGAGAAUUGUCUCGAACAUCUUAUUUGGGACCAUUCCUGUCAGUGUCAGUCUUUGCAGAAGAUGAGCCAAAAGUUGCUGAAAAAUUCUUUUCCGGAAAUACAGCUGCUGACAAAUCACUGAACCACACACUACAAAUAGAAUUGGAAAAUACAAGAGUCAUAUUGCAUAAGGUAUUCCAUGAUAUACUUGUAAACAACAGUUCUCGUGAACCUACACUGUCAUAUAUAUCAACCUUGUUGCGGACCAAUGAGAAAAGAGCUCAGAUACACGCAGAUGAACGCAUGCUUGCUGGAGAUGGUUUCAUGCUCAACCUACUUUCUGUUUUGCAGAUGCUUGCUCUAAAGAUUAAAAUGGACAAAGUAGAUGUCUUCUACCCAUUCCACCCAUCAAGUCUAAUUGAUGUAAAAAAUGAAACAAGGUUAAAAUUUACAUCACAGGAGGCAACAAGUUGGCUGGAUGAUCUCAACCGAUCACUGACUCAUAAAUGGCGAGAACCAAAGUUUCCAACACAGUGCUGGUUUCUGACCCUCCACUGUCAUCACUUGGCCCUGCUUCCAACAUGCCACAAGUAUCAGCGCCGCAUUAGAGCUCUUCGUGAUCUGCAGAAACUGGUGGAUGAGAUGCAAGCGACAGAGCCCCAGUGGCGUGAUUUGGGAACAGCUGCACGCAACAAAGAAUUGCUGCGUCGGUGGAAGCAGCAGGUGAAGAAGUUGACACGAAGCAAAGCAUGUUCAGAUACUGGACUACUGGACGAAUCACUUGUGCGUCGCUCAUUAGUAUUCUACUCAUCUGUGGCAGAGCUACUGUUGAGUGCACUGACUGACCCAGCUGCUCCACCAGGGCAGCUGCUGCCCAGUAGUGCACCAGCUGUUUUUUCUGCUCUGCCUGAGUGGUAUGUCGAGGAUGUUGCUGAGUACCUGCUGUUUGCCCUCCAAUUUAUGCCAGGUGUCGUUGCUGACUGCAUGGAAAAUAACCUAAUCUCAUGGUUGUUGGUAGCUGUGUGUUGCCCACAAUUUAUCAGGAAUCCUUAUCUAAUAGCCAAAAUUAUUGAAGUUCUGUUUGUGAUAAAUCCUAAUGUGCAGUCAAGAACUGAAACUCUCCAUGAUCGUGUCAUGGCACAUCCUAUUUCACAAGUGCACCUGCCAUCUUGUCUAAUGAAAUUUUACACAGAUGUUGAAACUACUGGUUCCAGUUCAGAAUUUUAUGACAAAUUCACAAUACGCUAUCAUAUAAGUGUAAUCUUAAAGGGAAUGUGGGAUAACCCUCUACAUCGUCAGGCAAUUAUUAAUGAGUCAAGAUCUGGAAAACAGUUUGUAAAAUUUGUUAACAUGUUGAUGAAUGACACAACAUUUCUGUUGGAUGAAAGCUUAGAAUCGCUUAAGCGCAUUCAUGAGGUGCAGGAGCUAAUGAGCCAAGCAGAAGCAUGGAGCCAGGUACCACAUGACCAGCAACAGGCCAGACAGAGGCAGCUGUCAGCUGAUGAAAGGCAGUGCAGGUCUUACUUGACUUUGGCCAAAGAGACAGUGGAUAUGUUCCAUUAUUUGACAGUUGCCAUCAAGGAGCCAUUCUUAAGGCCAGAGCUGGUUGACCGCUUGGCAGCCAUGUUAAAUUUUAACCUGCAACAGUUGUGUGGUCCUAAGUGCAAGAAUUUGAAAGUUCGCAACCCAGAGAAGUAUGGCUGGGAGCCGCGUUGGCUUCUUAGUCAAUUAAUUGAUAUAUAUCUCCAUCUCAAUUGCGACAGUUUUGCUGCUGCUUUAGCUGGUGAUGAGCGGUCCUUCAAGAAAGAACUGUUUGAAGAUGCAGCAGCACGAAUGGAAAGACGCUCCAUUAAAACACCAACUGAGAUUGAACAAUUCAGAAACUUAGCUGAGAAAGCACAUGACAUUUCAGUACAGAAUUUGAAGAAAGAAGUUGAUUACAGUGAUGCACCUGAUGAAUUUCGGGAUCCAUUGAUGGAUACAUUGAUGGAAGAUCCCGUACUGCUUCCAUCAGGGAAAGUUAUGGAUCGUGCUGUUAUAGUGCGUCACCUUCUCAAUUCAUCGACAGAUCCUUUCAGUCGGCAACCCCUCUCAGAGGACAUGUUGGAACCAGCUGCUGAACUGCGGGAAAGAAUAGCAUCGUGGAAACGUGAGAAAAAGAAAUCUGCAUAAUGUGAAAAUCUUGAAGUAAGCCUGUGGUGUAUUGUCAGCAAACUUCAAGACUCAGUGUUUUAAGAAGCCUGGGAAGGUUUGUUUUUUACUACACCAAAGUUAAGCAUUGUGUUUUACUGACUUCACAUAUAAAAUGUGAUUUGUUACACACGUGACAAUUUCAUGGAUAUGAACAUGUUUUCAGUGUCUGUCCUGAAAUACUACCUUUCUCCAGCUGAUUUACACUUUUCCUUCAAUUUUUUAUUAGAAUGUAUAUACAUUUUAAUUAUUCUCAUUUUUUGUACAAAGUUAGAACCAUGUUUAUUGCCUUUACAUCUAAGAAUACUUCACCAGAUCACUAAAGAGCACAUAAAAUGAUUUACGUUGGUGGGAAAAAAUAUUAAUACUUCACAAUACAUGAAUUUCAUAUUGUGAACUCAUCACACUAUCAGAGGUGUAACUUAAGCAGAAAUUGUCUUUUGAGCUUCAGUUACCCAGAGCAGAAAUGCUAUUUUUACAAAUUUAGCCAUAUUGUGUGGGGAUAUACUGUAUUUUCAAAAUUUCAGAUUAUCCAGUAGUUGUUUGUUGAGUCUCUGUCAUCACAGAAAGUAUAUAUUUUAGUAUGCGAACUUCAGCCAUGAAGUAAUUAAUGAUUUUGGUCCAGUGUUUUUGUUUGUGGAAAGUCAAACAGUUUUUAUUUUAUUUUUUGAAGUAUACAGUUGCUCACUGUUCUUAAUAAAAACGUUUUUGUCUUUUUUGUGACUGGAAGUAUAUAACUACAAUUUGUGCUAGCCAGAACAACUGUGUGUGUGUGUGUGUGUGUGUGUGUGUGUGUGUGAGAGAGAGAGAGAGAGAGAGAGAGAGAGAGAGAGAGAGAGAGAGAAACUUGUAUAUAUACAUACAAAAGUAAGUUACUAACUUAAGAUAUUUAUCAGGAAUAACAACAAAAAGGAAAAGGUUCACAGUGAAAAGAGAGAUACGUUUAGAAUUAUAGCUUACCUCUCACUGGCCUUUUGUCAUAAGUUAUGGAAUAUAAUUUUGAUGUAGUAAUUGUGUAAACUGUUGUUAUUAUUUGUUUUAUAUCUUUAAGUGUCUUGAAAAUAAUAAAUUCUACAAGAGACUUGAGUUGUUAGGGAGUAGAUGUUGUUUCUGGAAAGCAGUUUUUCUUUACUUUAGUAUAAUGUAACAAAAACAAGCAAAUUUUAUUGCUUGUAGUGUAAUGGGUGCAAUGCUCUUGGUUACAUUCAAAUGCUUCGGUUUUUUAUUUCUUGCUUUUUUUUCUUGUUAAAAAUGACUGAAAAUGUACCAGUCAUUUUUCUAUUGAUUUGCUGUAGGAAAGAGUUUAAUAGAAGUAUUUUCUUCCCUUAAGCCUGUGAUAUAUUAUGGUAAUGUGAAGUUGUAAUGUUUGAGCACAGGCGGUAGCAGAAGCUGAUUAUUUGAUUUUAAAUGUAACUUUGAUCUCAUUAACAAAUGUUCCUUAAAGUUUUAAAAUUGAAAUAAGAGGGCUGAAUUAGAAAUGUGUAAGAUUGAGUGCAAACAAUAUUUCUGCCACUAUAUUUUUCUCCAUGUCACUGUAUAGAUUCCAAAAAUCAACAUUGUGCAGAAACAAUUUUGAUUUUUGAAAAAAAGUUAUUGUCCACGAAAAAACUAUUGUCCAUGAAUAAAAUUGUUGAGACAUUCAUGGCCAGUUGUUGACUCACCGCUUGUUGGCUUGUAUCUCAGGUUCUUCAGCCGCCAGUGUUUGUUUAAUGACGGCUGGAGAACUGAAGACAGAAACCAACUGGCAAAUGUUCAUACAGUAUAUGGUAGUCUCUGAAUGAUGUCUGAGUGCACACGAGGGAAAAAGAGACAUUAUGACAUGAAUCUAAAAACAAAAACCUUAUAAUUGAAAUUAGUUAAUAUAAAGAUGCAGAUGUGAAGUUGCACAUGCCUUCCAUUUGUCACUGUAUUACGAUAUCAUGAUUGUGUAGAUGGCUGUUUCAUUACCACACUCUUCAACGUUACUGCUUUGUAAGCAUUUCAUUUUAUAGGAAGGUAAUCAGAAAUCCUCACUGCCAUUCUUAAACGCUAGAUUUUUUAUAUAACUCUUUAUUAUCUGUUAUAUAUUGUGUAAUCAUUAGGCAUACAGAAAGCAAGAGCCUCACAAAUUUAGAAUUGUAGUCAUUCUUUAUAUCAUUUACUAAUAAUAUGAUACUAUACCUCUAUCACUUACUUCACAUAAUUGCUAUAGUGUGCCUCGUGCCUCAUGAUAUGGAAAGGCACUUCUGUGCAGAGAGAGAGAGAGAGAGAGAGAGAGAGAGAGAGAGAGAGAGAGAGAGAGAGAGAGAGAGAGAACUUUGAAAGGGAUGAGGUUUGCUUGUGUGUGGUGGCAGAGAGGAAGCCAAAACUUUCCGUGUUGCCCAGUUUUGUAACCACGAAUGAAAUUGUGUCACCACUGAAAUAAAGCCAUAUUGCAGUGUUAAUGAGAGCAUUUAUUGCCACCCAGCUCUGUUCACAAUAUACCUUGGGAGGGAGACUAAAUGUCAUUGGCUGCCAGGAAUUUGUAAAGAGAUAUGCACAGAAUUCUUCAAAACAGAAUUGCAUUUCAAUGUGAAGCACACUAUAACCUCUGCCAUAAAUCUAAUAUCUUCAGCAUGGAUCAUUUUGUACUCACAUUUCUGUUAUAAAAAUUCGUGUGUAAUGUAAUAUUUAGAGCCAUAAGAAGCUAAUUUCUGUUUUAUGUGUCGAAGAAUGACAAGAGAAGCAGUUCAGGCAAAUUUUUAUCUUUGUCAUACAUUGCCAAACAGAAAUUAUAAAUUGGCGGAAGAUAUAACAUAAUUUGUUUUAUAAACUAUCCGGCGAAAACUGAAGAUAUUCGGCAAAAUUAAGCAGACAGACAGUGUUCAACAACAGAUGAAUGGCAAAAUAUACUUUCAUUUUCAUGUGUAUGUGUUGUCAUCGACUUUGUGCUUUUUUGUGAUUGUUGUAACUAUUGAAGGCCAAAAGAGAAUAUUUUGUGAUGUUUUCAAGUUCGUUGAGGUACUGGAUGAAAUAUAUCACUAAAUACAUCUGUGAAACAGCAAGCAGUUUCUUGGAAUUACUCGUGUUCCUCUUUAUGGAUAUUACAUGUUGCAGAGAUUGCAUUAGUCUGUUUUUGUUGAAAUACAAUUUGAUUUAGGUGCCUCUAGACAAAUGCUAAUUUCUGUUGUAAUGAAAUUCUGUAAUGUGAGUGACAAACACUGAUAAAUUGUUGAUAUAUCUUCCAUCCGUUAAAAUGUAAGUCAAGUUUUUGUCUAAACAUAUUGAUUUCUUAUAUGGGAAUAUUUUGAACUUUUUAUGCUAGAUACUGUCUUGUUAAUGUACAAAUUCUGGGAAUUGUCUUUCAGCUAUGAAUUUUUUUAUUUAUUAAUACAGGAGGUUUCUCAUGCUUGUAUAAAGAAGAAUUAUCCUUUGGUAAUAGGUAAUAAAUGACUGUGUGAAUGUCUUUUGAUUUACAGCCACAGUGAAUCAAACUUAACUUUGUUCUCUCUGCUAGGUUGUCUGUCAUACUUACUUACAUUAUGUGUUGAAUAAAUAAGACUUGAGGUUUCAUAGAUAAUUGUAUUCCAUCAUUUUUCUCCUCAUUAGAUGGGUUGUUAGAAAUAAUUGUAGUAAAUUUAUACCCCUUUUUUAAAAUGAGGCAUCUCUGUUAUGUGGAGAACUACCUGAUCCACCUCUUGCUAUAUAGACGAAGCUACAUAUUCCAUCAUUAACUUAUUAAGUCGAGUUGGUGAUGCCUUUAGAUUUAAAGACCUCAAAUUCUUUUCUUGAAGCUCAAAAAAGUAAUGGUAAUGGCACACGUACUCCACAUUGCUGCAUUGCUGUAAGUUUGCAGGAAGAUUCUGUAUGUAAUUCAGUUACACAUACCCUCUUCCACAUUAUGUGUUAUUUACAGUGUGAUUUUGAAUUUGUUUUGUGGCUAUUGUUUCUUCAUACCAUCUGUAUGUUUGCAAAUAGCCACUCAAAUUUUUUGCUUCAGUUAACAGUCAUUGUUUAUGAACAACGUAUGUUGCAUUUUGUGCCUGCCAGCCACUAUCAGUCGUGUAUUUUUCAACUGUAACAGCAUAUCUUAACAAUGUUGUUAGAAUUAUUUAUUCUGAUGUGCAAAAUAAAAAUAUCAAGAGAAGUUAUGCAGAGAAAUGAAGAUUUGAAAUCAUUUGGUAUUUAGCUGUUGGUGGAAUGAUGAAAUGUUUUCUUGGGAUAAUGCAUGUGUCAGAUAAAUGUCCAGGAAAAAUUUACCAUAUGACUUUUCAAAUACAAAUUGUGUUGUAAUGUGCAUAUAACAGAAAGUCUGCCCCUUAAUAAUCUUCAGGAGGCAAGAUUGCAGUACCGUCGAUAUACACAUUUGAGACAGACACACACACACACACACACACACACACACACACACACACACUCUUAGUGUGAGAAUCUGCUAAUGUGUAAUGUGUACAAAUACAGAAAUUUGUCAACAGUUGUGAGACUUCAAAUGCCCAGAUUUAAUAUUUUUAUUUUGUUUAUUAUUUCACUACUGAGAUGUUUGCCAUGUAUCAGGAUGUUAUUUUUCUACUGUAAUUCAGUGUGUAGUGGAAAACAAGUGUAAUUUGCUUAUAUUUUUAAUCCACUUGUGUUUUCUAACCUUGUUAUGGAACUUUGGUAUUAGGUGUGCCUGUCCACUCAUGACAAUUGAGCAGCCACAAUUUUAUUUGAGAAUACCCCAUUCAAAUACUCCAUCUUUAAUAUUUUAGUACCACUGCAGUGAGGAUCAAAAUCUAUGACUGUAUUUGAAUAGAAAUAGAAUGUGUUAUGUAGGAUAAAAAGUAAAUAAUUUUAGCUAGCUAAGAAAUGUUUGAUGUAUGGAUAUACUGCCGGGAAAGACUUCCAAACAUUUUUUUCUUAUUAGUUUGUAAAUGCUACUGAUAAAGAAUGAUUCUACUUCUUUACCUCUGUGGUUUUUAUAUUCCAUUGUAGUGUUGUGAUUAUCAGCAACAGUUUUGCUGUUUUCUUGAAUGAAAAUUGAGCAGCCACAAUUUGAUCCCCUUCCUUUCAAAUACUCCAUCUUUAAUGUUUUAGUAUUGCUGCAGCGAAGACCGAAGUGUAAAACUAUAUUUGAAGUCACAUUUCAUUGUAUUUUCACCAGGAGAAUAGAAUAAAAUAGUGAACAUUAAGCAAUAAUCUUCACACGAGAGUCGACUGCUUGUGUCUACUUUCCUUUCUGUUCUUAUUUUCAGCUAAAAGUAUAAUGACCUCAUCCCAAUUUUGUAUACCAAGUUAGGUUUCAUGGUAGAUCUUCCAACCCAAACAAGUGAUGGACAUUAUUUUUCAAGUGAAAUAUUUGUUUCAAGUAUUAAAUUCUUUAUUUUUCACAUAUGUCAGAUUUUAUGUCUGUAAUGUUUUAAUUGAAAACAUUAUCAUAGAUCUUCGUCCAUUCACAUGUUUAACCAAACUGUUGUGUGUUCAUGAAUGUAUUAGUAGUAACAUCUUACAAAUGUUGAUGAAAAUACUUAUGAGGACAAUCCUCAGGUACUGAAAUGAUAGCUACACUCAGUGUUAAAAAGAAAGACAGUAUUGUUAGUUUAUUUAAUGUAUACAAUUAAUUUUUGCAUUUUGGAUGUAUCAUGAAAACUGUUGUGCACUUGCAAUAGUCAGCGAAAUAUAAUGUGUGUGUUAAAAGUAAAAUUUAUAAAUUUGUAAUUUUUUACAGGUGUGUGAUGCAAAAUAACAGAAAAUUUAAUGACAAACUUGUUACACAAUUGUCAUUCCAAUCUAUGAUGAUUCAUGUUGCAAGGUGCUAGUAAUUAUAAUAUUUAAACAAAAACUGUGGUUUUUGGAUUGUUUAAUACAGUGAUAAAACUACCAUUUUAUAAGUGCUGUAAGAAAACCUAUUGACAGGAGUGGCACAACCAACAGGCAUUAUAAACUAAGUUUAUUUGCCAGUGUGUGUUAAAACAUUUUGCUGUUAGCAAGCACCAUACUGUAGAAAGAUGUAUGUAUUCAGUUGGGAACAGAAAAUAUAAAUCAGUGACAACUUGUAAUCUGUUAAUACAAAAAGGUGUGUGCAAAAUCAUUUUGAUACAAAAUAAAAGCCACUGAAAAAAAACAACAACAACAACAGUUAAGUUGCACUAUUUUAUUGGGGCUAUACAUUAAUAACGCAGUGUUACGAAUAUAUGAGGUAUAUUUUCUAACAGUGACAGAAUAUUUGCACUGCAGGAGUUAGUGUCGGAAACUGAUAGAUCAUAUUUUUUUUUUUGUGUGUGUGUGUGUGUGUGUGUGUGUGUGUGUGUGUGUGUGUGUGUGUGUCAGCCAUUGUUAAUACCUGUUGUACAGAUUUGUGAGCUUAAUAUAUAUUUCAGUUGUGCUCUACAGUCACAGUGUCUGGUGAAUUGCAUUCUUAAAGCAUGUGAAGAGAUCAAAAGUGUAUGUUUUUGACUGUUGAUAACACUUUGUUUAAAGUGUCAAUAAAACAAUAAACUGUGAAAUAAUAAAA